AUGGACGCGCCACUGAUUCGAGUCGGACAUGGCCUUCGGGCGGCGGCUUCAGCAGCAGGACCAGCAGCAUCGGGCCUGGCUUCACGGUCAAUAUCGGGUGCUUCGAGAUCUGCAAUCUGCCAUCCGUCGAGGGCCACAGCAGUGGCUGCAACUGUCGCCGCUCGCCAUUUCUCUGCGCUCAACCGGCCACCGCCCAAGUAUCCAGGCCAUGUGCCUCUGACCAAGAUAGAGCAGGCCGGCAUGGCCAUUGGAUCCGGCAUCAUGUCGCUGUUCAACCCUUACCGCGCAGUGCCAGGGGGGCCAAGAGAUGGAGGCCAGAUGCAAAUCAAACACAUGAUGGAUACGAGUCCUCAGCUGAUGCGGAAUCUUGCAGAUCUCAUAGCCACCCUGGGUGAGGCCACGGCAACCCCCUACUUCAUCUACCGCCUCCGCGACGCCAUGCUCGCACACCCCACAGGCCGUCGCAUCCUUCGCCUGCGGCCUCGCAUCAGCUCCAAGACGCUGUCCAUCCCGGCCCUGCGCGCGCUGCCCGCAAACUCCGUGGGCCGCGCCUAUGUCGAGUGGCUGGACCGUGAGGGGGUGUCUCCAGACACGCGCUCUGCGGUCAAGUACAUUGACGACGAGGAAUGUGCCUACGUAAUGCAGCGGUACCGCGAGUGCCAUGAUUUUUACCACGCCCUGACGGGUCUGCCCACGGUCAGAGAGGGCGAGGUGGCGCUCAAGGCGUUUGAAUUCGCCAACACGCUGCUGCCUAUGACGGGCCUCAGCAUGCUGGCCGUGGCAACGCUGAAGCCGGCCGAGAGGCGACGCUUUUUCGGCGUGUACAUGCCGUGGGCGGUUAAGAACGGCGUAAGGAGCAAGGACAUUAUCAAUGUCUUUUGGGAGGAGGAGCUGGAGAGGGAUGUGGACGACCUGAGGAGAGAGCUGGGCAUUGAGCAGCCGCCGGACCUGAGAGCAAUUCGCAAGCGGGAGAAGGAAGAGAAGAGGCGAUUGAAGGAGAUGAGAGCCCAGGGUUUCUGA